GAUGGACCCUUAAAUAGAUCAACCUGAAGCUGUCGGUGUUUCAGAGCUGUACGAGAAUCAGUAUUUGACAGCAAAAUAUUUAAACAAGGGCUAUUUCUGUUCCAGAGGAGCAGCAAUGGCUGAUGUCUUCAGAGGCCUAAACCUCCUUGAGACCCUUAAAGAGUCUAUUGAGAGCAACAGGUUAUCAGAUGUCAAGGAAGCAGUGGAAGACCUCCUUAUCAGCAGGAUCAACUUGGCUGUGGUGGGGGACCGCGGGGAAGAAAAAGCCUCCUUUAUGAACUCCCUCCGUGGUCUCGGGGCUGAUGAUGAGGGAGCAGCUCCAGCUUCAUCUCCUGUUGCUCCAGAGGGAGUAGCAGGCUACCCUAACCCUAAACACCCUGACUUCCGCCUGUGGGACCUGCCACCUGUCCCAGACAUAUCCCCAUUUGAACCAGAGGGAUACAUGGAUAGCUAUAAGUUCCUCCGCUACAAUGCGGUCUUUAUGACAUCCACACAGACAGUCCAACCCAACAGUGUGGAGGUUUUCUUGGAGGCGCUUUCCCUGCAGCGACAGACUGUGUACUUUAUUGUCUUAGCUUCAGUGGAAGACUCAGAAAAGAUCCUGGAAGAAAAAAGGAAAGCCAGUCUGGAAGUGCUGAAAUCCAAAGGUGUGGCACAGCCUAAAAUCUAUCUUGUUCGACCAUCCAUGCUGGAGAAGUCAGACUUUCCUAGUCUGUUAGCAGAUAUGAGUAACGACCUUCCAGAGAUCCGAGCACAUGCCCUUGUCUUAGCUUUACCAACGCUCACCUCGGCCCUGGUUACUCAAAAAAAGGAAGCAUUCAAAGCUUUAGUAUGGGCAGGUGCCUCACUGUCAGGUGGAGUGUCAGCUAUUCCUGUUCCCUUUGUGGCAUCUAUAGUGGACUCAAGCAUAGGAGUGCGGAUCUUGACCAAAGCACAGUUAUCUCUUUGCCUGGAUGAUGAAUCAGUGGAGCGACUAGCCCAACAGCGAGGCAUAGAACCUACUAAACUUAAAGAGUUACGAAACUGUGCACUGUCGGUGGAGGUCAGCAAAGGUGAAGUGAAAAGGCGGCUGGCAGUGGCAGAGAAGGACUUGGCCACAGUUUCAUCAAAGCUGCUGGAGAUGGCGAUGCCUAGAAAUGCCCGUUCUGUCAGCCGCUCCUUUGCUGCUAUGCUGCAAGCCUUAAACGGUGCUAUUGAUGAGAUGGCAGCCGAUGCUCAGAACAUACUGGCAGCUGCUCUCAGAGAGGGGAAGUGAGGUCAAAGGUUUUUCUCUAUGUGUAAUGUUCAAAAGCAUGUUUUUGCUUUUAACACAAAAGUAUAUGUCAGUGCUGUGUGAACAUGCAUUCUGCAAAUAAAUGCUAAGUACUUUAAGCUUCUCUGUGACUGUUUAAAAACCCAAACAAACAAAAAAUCCUUGUUCACAUAACAGUACGUGUUGGCAAACUGUCUUCAAGUAGGUAGGUGGGUUUUAGAAUUACAACAUUGUUUUGUUUCAGUGCUAACUCCAUGUUUGCUAGAUGCAGCCCUCCUCGGUUGACUCAUCUCACCUCGCGCUACUGCCAGCUGAUUGGAGCUCCUGCUGUCCUGUCUGCUUGCUGCUUUCUUUCAUAGUUUGUUCUGCUUGUUCGGUAUCGGCUGCUGCGCUGCGGCUCGGUUCUGUUCUGCUGGUGUUCGUGUUUAAUUUGGGUUAAUUCCCAGUGUUUUAAUGAAUGAAUGCGGGGCUUUUAUGGCUCUUAUUUUGGUUGAUGUAUUUUGUUUACUUCUUCUGUUAUUUGGAAAUUUGUUUGUUUCUGAUUAGUUUGUUUAUUUAGUGUUUUGGGGUUUUUUUUUAACUUUUUUAAACUGUUUUUAUUGCUUUUCAGUAGCUGGAGGUCAUGGUGGUGGCAGUACUGGUGGCUUGGGUGGUGGUGUCCCCCUGCCCCCGUUCCUUCGUGGGUGCUGUGUUUCCCUGUGACUGUGGUUGUUCACUCAAGGGGGGAUUCCCUCCUCCCUUGCACUGGUCCCUGUCCCCAUUAGGGUUAGGGUUUUCUGUUCUUUAGCUUUUGUGUGCUUUAAUGCCUUAAAAUAAAAAUUGUAUUGCUUUUAACAACA